CGUACUCGAAGUUGGAAGUCUGAAGACAUAUUGCAGCAAGCCUGCUGCAGCUCCUUGCCAAGGUCCUGCAUUGUGAUCCUCCUCUUGGUUUCUACUUAAGACUCAGAGGCAAGCCUAGGUUGUCUGGGUUGUCGCCCUUGCAAAGACACCCUUACGGUGAGAGCGUUGCGAACGUGCGCGGCUGGGUGUCAGUAUUUGUGGGCUGCAAGAUUUGGUUGUUUUCUGAGCGCGUGAGCUGCCUCCUUCAUUGUGUAGGCGAUGUGCUAGACGUGCUCCAAGAUGGGAGACCAGCAAGUGCAAGCCGGCCGCACUGACGGCGUGACUGCGCGUGUCAAAAAUGCGGCACAGAAGUCAGAGGCCCAGGUACGGUGCCCAGACAUAUGGAAGCAUGCGAGGCGAGGCGAUGCUUGGUCGCAGAGGGAACUGGGUCUUUUGUAUAGCAAAGGUUACAUAGGCCAAGAUUAUGAAGCUGCAGCUCAUUGGUAUAAGAAGGCUGCCAGCCAGGGCGACGCAGUGGCACAACGCGAACUUGGCCUGUUGUACCAGUGUGGCCAUGGGGUUCAGCAGAGUUACGAAGAGGCGAUAAUCUGGUUCAAGAAGAGUGCUGACCAGGGGGAGGCACUGGGGCAAUGUAAUUUGGGCAGAAUGUACGGGCGUGGCUACGGGGUCCAGCAGAAUUACGAGGAGGCGGUAAACUGGUUCAAGAAGAGUGCUGACCAAGGAGAGGCAUUUGGGCAGCUUUGUUUGGGCGAAAUGUACGGGCUUGGCUACGGGGUCCAGCAGGAUUACGAGGAGGCCGCAUCCUGGUUCCAGAAGAGUGCUGACAAGGGCAGUGCAAGAGGUCAGUAUGCUCUUGGCGAAUUGUACGCACGUGGCCAUGGGGUCCAGCAGACUUUUGAUAAGGCCUUAUACUGGCUCCGGAAAAGUGCCGACCAGGGCGAUGCAAGAGGUCAGGCUGCACUUGGCGAGUUGUAUGAGCUAGGCCACGGCGUCGAGCAGAGCUGCGAGGUGGCAGCGUGCUGGUAUCAAAAAGCUGCUGACCAGGGACAUGCAUUGAGCCAGUUCAAUCUUGGGGAAUUGUACGCGGAAGGGCUGGGGCUCCCGCAGGAUUGGCGCAAGGCUUUCGCUCUCUUUGAGGCAGCGGCACGCAUUCCUAAGAGGUUGGAUGCACAACUAUCCCUGGCAUGGUUGCUGUGGACAGGGACUGGGGGUGUGCAACAGGAUAGGGUUCGCGCAGAGGCCUUGUGCGCAACAGUGCGAGACACAGAAGGGUACAAAAAGAAGUUGGCUGGCAACACAGUAGUUGGUCCGUUUUGGCCCGGCGUGCUGGCAUGGUUUAACAACUGGGUGGAGCAUGGUAGUGAUGGUAAGGAGGCACUUCUCGAAACGCCCAAGUCUCUGCCAAGCAAGCUUUCAGAGUUGGAGGCAGGUCCCUUCUUAGCUUCCCAAGAGAGCCCCACCUCUCCUCCCGAAGCGGAAGCUGAAGCUGAUGGCAGGGGCAGUGCAAUGAACCCUCCUGGAGAUUCCCCGUUGGCAAGGUUUGAGGACAUUACAGCACCUGUCUUACCCUCGCCCGGUGCUCUGACGGGCUUGCUUAAUGGCCAAAAGCCUGCAGAAGGCGAACCAAGUUCGUCUGCCAAGGAUUAUUCUGCAGAAGAACGUGACGGAGGCGAACAGCCAAAGGACGAUACAAAUCCGUACGAUGCAAGUGUGGCGGGACACGGGGAGAUGCUGAAGGAGCUCAGAGUAUUUUUGGAGAGCAGCGGCGGCUUGUCCAGCUUGCCGGUGGUGCCAGACGAGAGGUCGCGCUGUUUGCUACAACGGCUCCUCUCUGACAAGAAGCGUCUCGUUGAGGCUGAGGAGCGCAUGAAACGGAGUCCUGAGGCGUCAGCUUACUUUACGGAGAUGCACUGGCGCCUAGGGGAUUUGUUCGUCGGAGCACAGGCGUUGGGGAGCGGGAAAGUGCAGCCCGCGCCGUCCAUGCCCUUCGUUUCCGUGGUACUCACGUCGGCGUAGCACGUGCUUAGCGAGCUGCCGUUCUUGAGGGCUGCAGCGGGGAUGGCUAAUACUGGCUUUCAGGCAUGGGACGGCGCACGUGUGUGCAGCGCAGCGGAGAAAGUGUGCCGGGUUGCGCCGGCGGGGUUGGCGCAGCAAGUCGCGCACGCGGUCACGUUGGCGCUCGCGCUUGGGCGUGAGGAGGUGGUUCGGGUG